AUGUUCAAGAAGUACCUUGGCCUUCGAGGCCAGAAGCUCAAUUAUGCCAUCAGUGCCAUUGCAGGAACUGAUUUCCUGCUCUUUGGUUAUGACCAAGGAGUUAUGGGUGGUAUCUUGACUAUGGCUCCUUUCAUGGCGCAAUUUCCUGAUAUGAACUCUGAUGACAUGAGCGUAUCUGCAGCUGUUCGAAAGAAUCGUUCGAAUUACCAAGGCAUCGCUGUAUCUUCUUACAACUUGGGUUGCUUCUUUGGAGCCCUAAUCACUAUCUUCCUCGGAAACAAGCUCGGUCGCAGGAAGAUGAUCAUGCUUGGAACCACUAUCAUGGUCAUUGGUGCCGCUCUCCAGGCCUCUGCGUACUCUCUGGAACACUUCAUCAUCGGACGAAUCAUCACUGGACUGGGCAAUGGCGGCAACACUUCUACUGUUCCCAUGUGGCAAUCCGAAACCUGCUCUGCCCAUAAACGUGGUAAACUUGUCAUGAUUGAAGGUGCUCUAAUCACGCUUGGUAUCACUAUAUCUUACUGGGUCGACUAUGGCAUGUACUUUGCGCAGGACACCUCUGCUUGCUGGCGUUUCCCAAUGGCUUUCCAAAUCGUCUUUUGUCUCAUCAUCAUGGCCUUUGUUAUGAACUUGCCCGAAUCUCCCCGCUGGCUUGUGCUUAAGGGCCGUGAUGAUGACGCAAAGGAAGUAAUUGCUGCGAUCGCUGACCAGGAUGUUCAAAGCAAGUACGUUGAGAAUGAGUUCAAAGCCAUGAAGGACACUGCUACAGAGAUGAGCAAGGGAGAAUUCUCGGAUUUGUUCUCUCGCAACCAUAACAAGAACUUUCACCGCACUACCCUUGCCUUCGUCAACCAGAUGUUCCAACAGAUCUCUGGUAUCAACCUAAUUACCUACUAUGCUGCUACGAUCUAUUCUGGACUCGGCAUGACGGGGCAUAUGCCUCUUCUGAUGGCCGCUCUGAACGGCACCGAAUAUUUCCUGGCUUCUCUUCCUGCUAUAUGGUUAGUCGAGCGUGUUGGUCGUCGAAAGCUUAUGCUUUUUGGUGCAGCUGGGCAGUGUGCUUCCAUGGCCAUCCUCGCCGGUGUAGGGUCUAGCGAUGCGAGAGCAUGCCAGAUUGUGGGCAUUGUCUUCUUGUUUGUCUUCAACUCGUUCUUCGCUGUCGGUUGGCUCGGAAUGACCUGGCUAUACCCAGCUGAAAUUACACCUCUACGAAUUCGUGCCCCGGCCAAUGCUCUAUCGACUUCGAGCAACUGGAUCUUCAACUGGCUGGUGGUUAUGAUUACCCCUCCAGCUUUCGAAAACAUCGGAUCCAACACGUAUAUCAUUUUCGCCGUCAUCAACGCCAUCAUGGUUCCAUCAGUCUAUUUCUUCUUCCCUGAGACAGCAUACCGAUCAUUGGAGGAAAUGGAUACAAUCUUCCAAAAGGUGGAACAUGGUUUGAAGGGUGCUCUCGGCGUUGUCAAGCAGGCUAAGAUCGAGCCCCGGCGAUACGAUAACAACGGAAACCUUCUGAUAGCUAUGGAGGAGGUCGAUGACAAGCCUCGUGUUGAGCACCGAAGUGGAAGCUCAAGUGGACACAGCGGCGUACAUAACAAUGCCGCCAUGUUCACCUCGAACGACGAGGAGAACCAGCGUCGGGAGACAUGA